CUAAAUCAGCUGAUCGAGGUUGUGUUAAAAUUUUCUAGCGAUCCAAACCCACAAAAUAAGUUUACUCAGUGUUUAAUAUUCACAAGUUAUUAUUUUAUAAAUAAUACAGGGUAAUUUUUAUUUGUUUUCAAAUUUAAACAAUUUCUUUAUUAAAAUUAAGAAACAAUGUCGAUAGCACAGGAUCGUCCAGAAUUAUAUGAAGAAGUUAAAUUGUAUAAAAAUGCACGUGAACGAGAAAAGUAUGACAAUCAAGCUGAUUUGUACGCAGUUGUAAAUACGUUACAAAAUUUAGAAAAAGCUUACAUACGUGAUUGUGUUACUCCCAAAGAAUAUACCGCAGCUUGUAGCAAAUUAUUGGUGCAAUAUCGAGCUGCAUUCAAGCAGGUUCAAAGUGAUCAAUUUCCAACAAUAGAUGUGUUUGCUAAAACAUAUCGCCUUGAUUGUCCAGCAGCACUUGAAAGAAUAAAAGAAGACAGGCCAAUAACAAUAAAAGAUGACAAAGGAAAUACAUCAAAGUGUAUUGCUGAUAUUGUAUCUUUAUUUAUUACUCUGAUGGAUAAAUUGCGUUUGGAUAUUAAAGCUAUGGAUGAACUACAUCCUGAACUGCGUGACCUCGUUGAUACUAUGAAUCGCUUGAGUAUAUUACCAAGUGAUUUCGAUGGUAGACAGAGAGUUGCCGAUUGGUUGCAAACAUUAAAUAAUAUGUCUGCUUCCGAUGAAUUGUCUGAGACACAAGUGAGACAAUUAAUUUUUGAUCUUGAAACCUCGUACAAUGCAUUCACUAAGGUCUUACAUAAUUCUUAAGUUAAAAAAUAUUAAUUUUAUAUUUAAAAAUUAUAUUUUUAAUCGACAUAAUACUUUGUUCUGUAAUUUACGACUCAUACACAUUAAGAUAUUGAAAUACAGUAAUAACUAUUAUGACGUAA